CGUUCCGCUCUCGAGGGAAAAGCAGUUCUCUUCUUAAUCACGCGGAAGAAGGAGGAGGAGGAGAAGGAAGAGAAGGAAACUUCGAUUCGCUGUGCUGAUCCUGCCGGCGAGAGGAGAUGGACAAGCUCAAGGGCAUGUUGAAGCCCGGACCGACGCCGCAGCAGCUGCUAAGGGAUUGGCAGCGGCGGCUCCGACAGGAGUGCCGCAACAUGGACCGCCAAAUCAGAGAUGUUCAGAGGGAAGAGAAGAGCGUGCAAAAGGCGAUUAGAGAGGCUGCCAAGAGGAAUGACGUCGGCUCUGCUAAGUCACUCGCGAAAGAAGUUGUUCUCUCAAGAAAAGCUGUGAACCAUUUAUAUGAGAACAAGGCCCAGCUGAAUUCGAUAUCGAUGCAUCUUGGAGAAAGUGUUGCUAUUGCUCGUACUGUGGGUCAUUUAGAGAAGAGUACUGAGGUCAUGAAACUCGUCAAUAACCUCGUAAAAGCUCCUGAAAUGGCAGCAACCAUGCAAGAGUUCAGUAAAGAAAUGACAAAGGCAGGAGUCAUUGAAGAAUUUGUUAAUGAUGCUGUUGACACGGCGUUGGACUCGGAGGACAUAGAAGAGGAGACGGAAGAAGAAGUUGACAAGGUUCUAACGGAAAUCGCAGGCGAGACAGCUGCACAGCUCCCAGAAGCCGUGAGGAACGAGAAGAUCAGGCAACCCGGGCAAAGGGUGGGCCCUUCAAGAGAAGACGUAGCUUUAGCGGAGGGUGGAGAUGAUGAUGAGGAUCUUGAAGAGUUAAGAGCACGACUUGACAGAGUCAGAUCCUAGUUCUCUACUUCUCACCAUAGAACUGCUUCUACCCCGACAUGGGUGAGUCUGUAACUUAUACUACGAAAAUGGAUUCAGACCCUCGAAUGAGAGAGCGCUGAACAGUAGCUGAGUAAAUACCCGACUUAACAGAAGCAAGGACGUGGAAAUCCCGCUCUAGAUGGGUGUAUAACAUCUAAUUUACUUGCUGCUCAUAAAUAAUAGUGGAAAACUACAAACUCUCGUGUAUCUGCUUUCUGUUUUCCGCUUCGAAUCCUACUUAUAGUUCGCGUUUCGGUGUUGAGCGGCUUUGCUGGAUUAGACUCGGGGGUCCCUCUUGUAUUCGUGGAUUCCCGUAUAUGUUUCAGGCGGUCAUUGUUAUGGACUUGAUUGACUUUUUUCCAUGA